AUGAGUGAUAUUUAUAUUAUUAUUCAUAUUUCUACUACCUGUGAUGACUCGCCGACAUUUGUCACUAAGGAUUCUUCCGAGUUAAUUGAAUUUGCUUGGGAAACAGUCGAUAGUGUCACUUUGGAAACUUUAUACAAAGGAUCAAACUUGGUUCGUCCAACCAACACACCUAUCACACCUUACUGCUCGAAGAUUCAUAGAAUAACAUGGGACAAUGUCAAAAAUGCUGGGUCGUUCAAAGACGCCAUCACAAACUUUGAUCAAUACGUACAAGAACACAUAAUUUCCAAGAAAAAGGAGUUUUCAAUUGUGAUGUUUGACAUUUCCAAAUUGAGAGUUCAGUUGGUUCGUGAAGCUAGAGACAAAUCCGUGGUUUUACCCUCGUAUCUACAACAUCCAAGGAUUUUUGAUUUACCAAGAGAAUAUUUAAAUUGGCAAUCUAGCCACCCUGAAACAUUAUCAUACCCCCCAACUUCUUUAACUAAUAUUAUUACUGCAUUAGAAGUUGAGGUUGAGAAUAUAUCUGAAUAUGUCGACUUGCCAAACUUUUCUUCCACACCAUCACCAUCAAAAGCUUCAGCAACAACGACGACGACAACUGCAAAUGUCACAGCCAUUGACGUCCUUUCCAGUGAAACAGAACCAAAUGGUAAAGUCAUUGCAAAUUUGCACGCCAAAAUUGCCAAACAAUUGAUCAAAAAAUCCAUCCCUGUUGAGAAUCACCCUAAUGUAUUUACAAGACCUUUUGAUUCGGCUCAAGAUAUCACUGCUUUUACAUCAGAAAGAUCAAAAGUACUCUAUCUUUCCAACUUGCCAAACGACACCACACAAUCAGAGUUGGAAUCAUGGUUCACUCAGUAUGGUGGAAGACCAGGUGGGUUUUGGACUUUUAAGUCUGCAGAUGAUAACAAUAAUAAUAACAACAACAAUAGCAAUGGCGGGAAAGGAUAUCAGAAUGCGAGAAAAUAUGGUAUUUCAGGGUUUGUGGCCUUUAAUACUCAUGAGGAAGCAGUUGAUUGUUUAGCUUUGAAUGGGAGAGUGUUGAAUGAUCGUCCUAUUGAAGUUCAAGCGUCUUCUAGUAAAGUGUUUGAUAUGGCCAUGGAUAAAUUGUUGUUGACUCUGUUCCCACUCUCAAAGAAUAGACCUAGACCCGGGGAUUGGACUUGUUUAUCUUGUGGGUUUUCAAAUUUCCAGAGAAGAACACACUGUUUCAGGUGCUCUUUUGCGGCAGUGGCGUUUCAGGAUGUUUUUAACAGUAAUACAGGCAAUGCCAACGGUAAUGGCAAUGUUAGCGGCAACCACAACCACAACCACAAUAGUGGAGCUCGCCGUGGCAUGAAUUUACAGCCUGCUCAAGCUAAUGAGAAAAUUGGAACAGGCAAUAUUAGUAUUCCUUCUUACAACGAUCCAAUCAAGGGUCCAACAGGUAAUGUCACUAAUCACCUCAACAAUUCUGAGACCAAUUUACUGAACAACACUAAUCUUAACAACAACAAUCAUCAUAGUAAUAAUUAUCACAAUAACUACCAUCACCACAACAACAAUAAUAACAAUCAUGGGAAUAGCAAUGGUAACACCAUACAUGGUCGUUCCCAUUAUAACAAUAGUGUUCCAUUUAGAGCAGGUGACUGGAAAUGUGAAAAUUGCAUGUAUCACAAUUUCGCCAAAAAUUUGUGUUGUUUAAAAUGUGGUGUCGCCAAACCUGCUAUUAACAAUCAACAAAAUAAUACAAUUCAUUCGGUGAAUUCAACGGCCGCUGCCAUAGCUGCAGCAACAGCCAGUGGUCAACCUUUAAACUUGAAUAAUAAUGCAUUUUUGAACCUUCAGCAACAACAGUCUCAGUCACAACCCCAAGGUCAGCACCAUUACAACCAACAUUCUCGUAACAACAAUGCUUCUGGGGCAUCAAAGUUCAACAAUGGCUACAACCCAAAGAAUCAGUAUUACAAUAAUAAUAGCAAGAAUCUUAGCAACAAUUUUGGUCUUAAUGGUAUGCAUCAGCAAAACCAAAAUCAAAUUUUGAUGUAUUCACAACAAUUGCAACAACAACAGCAACAGCAACAACAUGAUUUAAAUGGAAGUAGCUCUUCCCAUCAACUGAAACUUCAAUUGAAUAAUACUGAAGGAUUAUACAGAACAAGCGGACAACCAAACUUAGGAUAUCCUAGUAUCAAUCAUGAAGUAUCCGGUCCUGCUACUUUAAGAGAUGUUUCAAACAACUCGCCUGCAUUGAAUAGCUCAUCACUUAACUCAUUAGCCAAUCAUAUGAAUUCAUUAAAUUUAAAUCAAUAG